UCGAAAAAUAGUGCUAGAUCAGGAAGUCCAGCGAAUAGAUCUGUGAAUGGAAAUGCGGAGUCUCAUAGUGGAAAGAACAGUCCAUCGCCUUCAUCAAAUUCUCCGACAACAUCGGCCGCAAAUGCGCACAACUGGAAAGUAGUUGGAAGUCCACCAACAAGAGUGAUCUCCUCUGUUCCACCAAGCCCUGAAGAUUAUCAAAAUUAUCAUACUAAGAAGAUCGAAGAAGAAAAUCAAGAACAGAAAAUGCGUCGACCUUCAAGUACUCCAAGCACGCCGCAACGUCCCAUUAAUGGUAAUACUGAGUUAACUUCAAGAUUGCUUGCUUCUAAUUCUCCGUCACCACCAACAAAAAUGCAACAACUGCAAAAUACUGCAAAUGGAAAUAACGACAAAUGGGGUACUUUAGGAGGACUUCAGUGGCCUGGCAUUUGGAAUGAAAAGAAUCAACAACAAAAUUCUGGUUCUAGCUCUAAACCGGAACCCAAUCAUAGCAAUUCUCCAUAUGAACGAGAAAUCGGAUCACCGCCAGGUAUUGGAAAAUUACCUGUACCUGUUCCACCUCAUCCACAAUAUCGACAACAUCGAAGUUCUUCAUUUUCUGUCGGUCAACAUGACCCUGAUCUAUUUGGAUAUGCGCCUACGUCUCGUCGCGAGAGCGAAGGCGGUCUAAGAUUAGCUUAUAAUCGACAUUCACUUGCCCCCACAAUGGAAGAAGAUACCGAUGAAUUUACACCAUAUGGUGGUAGAUUCCGUGCACGAUCUAAAUCCUCUGCUGCAGCAUAUGGAAUAAUCUCUGGUCACCAGGAUAUUCCUCAUGAAGACUUAAAUGAUUAUCGUCGAGAAUCUGAACAAUAUUCAGAUUCAGGAGCACUUUGGAAUAAUCAUGUCCCCCAAAAUGAUGGCCCUAUUCUUCAUCACCGUCGCUCUGUUCCUUCUUCAUCCGAAUUUACUGGAAUGUGGGAUAACUUUAAUUCAUCCGCACCACCGUCGUCUGCUUCUGCCUAUCUAGCUGUUAUGGCUGGAAUGCCAGAGCGGGAAAAAUUGAGACAACGUCGUUUCUCUUUGCAAGCGCCGACAUAUGCACCUGACUAUCAUCUACUUGACAAUACUCAAGAGAUACGAUUGCUCAAUCAUCGUGCUGCUGCGAUGGACCCAGGAUACGCACAUCUUGUCCAAAGACGUCAUUCAGUCGCUGGUCCUGCGAUUUCAUUUAAUCCAAGUCCUCAGGCUCGUUAUCUAUCUGAUGCAUUAGAAUCUCUCCAUUUGAAUAAUGUUCAGCCUGUAUCAUACACAAAUGACACUAGUUACUCGAGUAUCCCCGAAGACAUUGACGAUUAUUUCGAUAACAAUGAACAACGAACUCGAGCAUGGAAUGAACUUGGAAAAGGUCUUCCACUUCAUGCUAUCCCAACUCAUGGACCUCUGUAUCUCGUGGAAUUUAAAGCGGGCCGCACCGAUUUAUUUUAUGUAGCUGAAAACAGUGGUGCAGCAGUCAAGAAAGGUGAUCUCGUGAUUGUUGAAGCAGAUCGAGGCAAAGAUUUGGGUAAAGUCACCAAUGACUCGAUUACCCCACAUCAAGUACAACUAUUACAACAGCAACAGGCAGACGCCAUGACUGAUGGUCACCGUAUGAACAAAGAAAUUCAUCCGAAACGUAUCUAUCGCCUUGCUCAACCUGCUGAAAUUACGAUGUUGGUGACAAAGAAUCAGGAUGAAGCGAAAGCAAUGUUAGUCUGUCAAAAUAAAGUUCGUCAAAAGAAGCUUCCAAUGGAAGUUGUCGAUGCUGAAUAUCAAUGGGAUCGACGCAAGCUUACAUUCUAUUUCAUCGCUGAGCGUCGUAUUGAUUUCCGUGAAUUGGUGCGAGAUUUAUUUAAAAUCUACAAAACUCGUAUUUGGAUGUGCGCUGUUAACCCGUUAAUGAAUAAACCCAAAAAAUGA